AGGAAGCAGUGGUGCGUGUACUGCGUGUCCGCCCCCUUCCCUCCUUCCCGCCCCCUUCAUUUCCUCAAUCCUGCUCCAACUGUCAGGAGGAGCAGACGCUCCGCUGUGAUCGGAGGAUAAACUGGAACAUGAAGCUUCAAGCCCAGAUGCAUCCCUCUGCUCUGUGACGCCAUGGACUGACAGACAAAUGCUGCAGGGGGAUCCAGAAUGAAUGCCGAUCUGCUUCUGCAGGAGACGCUGAUCAAGCGUUCGCAGCAGAAAAAAAGGACAUCACCACUGAACUACAAGGAACGAGUGUUUGUCCUCACCAAGACCAGGCUGACAUACUAUGAAGGAAAACCAGAGAAGAAGUUCAAGAGGGGCUAUGUUGAGCUGAGCCGCAUCAAAUGUGUGGAGAUCGUGAAGAAUGGAGGCGGGAUCAUCCCCUGCCGGAACAAGUACCCCUUUCAGGUGGUGUACGAUACCAACACCCUGUAUGUUUUUGCUCCGAGUCAGAGAAGCAGAACUCUGUGGGUCCUGAUGCUUAAAAACGGUGAGUCUCUCUGUUUGGAUCUAACAUGUUUUUGUUCCUCCUUUCUAGUCACCAGGAAACCUUUGCCUCCGCUUCCUGUGGAGGGAAAUAAUCGCCGGCAUCGUCCUCCUCCCAUCCCACAGGACGGGGAUGAUAUAGACGAUGAUGAUGACGAUGAUGACGACGAGGAGGAGGACAAGGAGGAAGAGGAGGUUGUGGUGGCCCUGUACGAUUUUCCAGGAUUGGAGCCGCACGACCUGAAACUGGUCAGGGGGGGAGAGUACGUCCUUCUGGAGAGGUGUGACGCCAACUGGUACAAGGCCCGCAAUGAGUACGGGGAGGAAGGCUAUAUCCCAAGCAACUAUGUAACGGAGAAGAGGUCCGGGAACCUGGUGCAGUACGCAUGGUUCAGUAAAGAUGUCAAUAGGAACAUGGCUGAGGAGCUGCUGAGGAAAGAGGAUAAAGAAGGCGCCUUCAUUGUCAGAGACUCAAGCCAUCCCUCAACCUACACCGUGUCUCUUUACACCAAAGCUGGAUCAGGGGAGGGACGUCCAAUUAUUAAACAUUAUCACAUCAAGCAGACCCGAGGCCCGCCCAGACAGUAUUACCUGGCUGAGAAACACCUGUUCAACUCCAUCCCUGAACUCAUUGAGUACCACAAACACAAUGGAGCAGGUCUUGCAGCCAGGUUGAGGUAUCCUGUAGGCAAGCAGGACAAGUCUGCUCCCUCAACAGCAGGCUUCAGCUACGAGAUGUGGGAGAUCAACCCAAGCGAGCUAACCUUCAUGAAGGAACUGGGCAGCGGUCAAUACGGCCAAGUGAGGCUCGGCAUGUGGAGAGCUCAGCAUAAAGUGGCCAUAAAGGCCAUCAAGGAGGGAGCCAUGUAUGAGGAGGACUUCAUCGAGGAGGCCAGACUCAUGAUGAAGCUGUCCCAUCCCAAGCUAGUGCAGCUGUAUGGUGUAUGCAGCCAGCAGAGGCCCAUCUACAUCGUCACCGAGUUCAUGCAGCAAGGCUGUCUGGUGAACUUUCUCAGGCAGAGGCGAGGCAGCUUCAGCUUGGGGUCCUUGCUGAGUAUGUGCCUUGAUGUCUGCGAGGGCAUGGAGUACCUGGAGGCGAACAGCUACAUCCACAGAGACCUGGCUGCCAGGAACUGUCUGGUGAAUGACGCUCUGGUGGUAAAGGUAUCAGACUUUGGCAUGGCCAGGUACGUCUUGGAUAACCAGUACACCAGCACAAAAGGCGCCAAGUUUCCCGUGAAGUGGUCUCCUCCUGAGGUCUUUAACUACUGCAAAUUCAGCAGCAAAUCAGACGUCUGGUCAUUUGGUGAGGACCUGGAUCUCUGUUGGAACAACAGACCAGAGGAGCGGCCGUCCUUCUCUCAGCUUUGUCUGAUGCUCUCUGACGUUUUGGAGGACGACAUUCUUCCCUCCACCUGAUAAUGCAGACUCCUCCUUGCUGAAGCAAAGUGACCGCUCCACGUGUUCGUCAGAUAAAAGCCAUUUCCGAAGGCACCGGUGAUGGAUUUAAACCACAAAAAGGAAGGCGAGUGUUCUGCAAAGUAUUGCUGCUUAAGACAUCAGAAACUGUCUGCUGACCACAUCUGCUUUUCAGCUGCAUAAACUGACAGCCUUCAGUAAAAACUCACAGGCUCUCUCAGAGGAGACAUUGACUGUAAAACCUGAAUCAUUUCAGCUUUCAUUUUUGAUUUUUUUUUUUCUUUUUUUUAAUGAAGUUCUCCUUAUCUUGCCUGCCCAGUAAAGAUGUGGAGCUUUGGUGAAUUUUACCUGCAGAACGGCAGCUUUUCAUUUAAAUCCAACACUUCCUUAACUAAGUUUGGGGUAAAAGGAAAUGUGAAAAUAAUUCUGCCAUUUAGAGGGAGCUCAGGUUAGAGCUUCAAAUAAAUUAAAUUCCCAUCAUCUUAAAUGUUAUUGAAUACAAUAAAAAUGUUCACUCAAUGAUAUUCUGUGAUCAUUUUGAUAUUGAGCUUGACAACUCAAAAUAUUUGAGUCAACAUCAAACUUAAGUAUUUGAAUGUAGUGGAGACUUGUGCAGAUCAGUGUGACCUCAUUGGCUGACUCUUGAUAAAUGAUUGUGACCAGACGACAACAGGUAGCUGUGAAUAUUAAUGGUUUUUUCAGUACUUUAAAAGCAAAACUGAGAAUACACCAAAGCUCACUGUUUGACCCACAUUCAGUGCUGUUGUUCUGGAUCUAAUUUUCUUUUUAUACAUGUUUAAAAUGUCAAGAAUGUAUUUUUGAUGCCAUAGCUCCCUGAAAAUUGAUGGUUUACAAUUUUAUUUCUAAGCUGCAACAAGUGUUAAGAUAAUUUCAUGAUAUGUUUAUAUAACAAAGGCACAUACACAAUUACAGCUCAAGUGACUAUAAAACCUGUAGACCUAAAACGGUUCAUUUGGUUUUACAUUUGUAAAAAAAAAAAAUUGUAUCUAUAAUGCAAAAUUAAAUAAAGACUAUUUCUA